AGAGAAUAUAUGCUGUAAUUUGUUUUUACAGAUUUAUCAAUACAUUGAAGGCAACGCUGCAGAAGAAAUACCACUCAAGUCUUCUGAAUGUUACACAGGAUUCUGAAGAACAAAUCACACACAUGCAUUUCAAGGAGGAGUUCAGCAUUAUUGAGCUGGUUCCCCUGUUAGCCACAUAUCUGAUCCUCUUCCUGUAUAUCUCCUUCUCUGUCUCCAAAAUUGAGUUUGUGAAGUCGAAGUGGGGCCUGGCCCUGGCUGCAGUGAUGACAGUCAUCGCUUCACUACUGAUGUCUAUAGGCCUGUGUACACUGUUUGGGCUGACUCCUACACUAAAUGGAGGGGAGAUCUUCCCUUACCUUGUUGUGAUUGUGGGUCUGGAAAACAUCCUGGUACUCACCAAGUCUGUAGUGUCCACUCCUGUUCACUUGGAUGUCAACAUCAGAAUAGCACAAGGUUUGAGUAAGGAAGGCUGGUCCAUCACUAAAAACCUGCUGACAGAGUUGGCCAUAGCCUGUGCCGGGUACUUCACAUUUGUACCAGCUAUCCAGGAGUUCUGCAUGUUUGCCCUGGUUGGUCUGCUGUCAGACUUCAGUCUCCAGAUGUGGUUCUUCGCUACGGUGCUCUCCAUCGACAUCAGGAGAAUCGAGUUGUCUGACUUACAGCGUCAGAGUGACAGACAGCAGGGGCACAAGACUGACACUGCCACCAUCCAGUCAGAGACCCUGACCAACCAGACCCUGCCACGCCCCCCUCCCACACGGCUGCCCAGGUCCAAAUCUGCACCCGGCCUCCACCAUCUUGUAUCCCAGCAGCCUCGGCUGGUGACCCCUGAGCGACCUCCGGCGUCUGUAGAGAGCGGAGAACAUCCCAACCAGGGCCUGCUCCGGGCGCAGAAGAGGCUCAAGUUCGUGUUCUUCUGGGCACGCACCAGGAUUGUGCAGAGAUUCAUCAUGCUCUGUACAGUUGUAUGGAUCGCCCUUAUUGUCUACAACACAGGACUGGUUGACCAGUUGACCAACGCGACGACCAGUCGUCAGCCACUGAUGUCACCUUCCGACAACAAAGACAGCCUAAGGAGUCUUCAGGAUGGGCUACAGACACAAGCAGAUUCUUUAAGGAAAAACCAUGACCUUGACUUAGAGCGGAAGUCGGACACAUUUUGGAACUUUGAUGGAGAAACUGAGGGGAGAGAGCAGAAGGAACCAUGGCAGGAUCUGUCCUUCAGACAUUGGCCCAAACUGUUCGGAUGUUACAACAUCACACUUGCUGGGAGGUACAUCAGUAUCCUGCCCCCCAUCCUCCUCUCCCUAGUGGUCCCCCCAGAGGAGGCCAUGGCCAUGCGGCACCACAGCGAGCAACAGGAACACGCGCAGAAGCUGCAGUACUUCAUGGAGUCGCAAGUCAGCUCGCACAUCCACGACGACAUGACCUUCGACCCCCUGCUGGCCAUGAACAAGACAGUUCGGCUGCCUUUCUUCUCUUCUAAACGGGAAUAUUACCUAACUAUUGGUCUUGCGGUGUUGAGCGGAGCGUUCCUGGUGGUGAUACUCAUGGUGCUGUACAAGUGCGUGUGCCCCAGGGACUACGGGCGGUGGGCGCCCGAGGGUCGCAGGUUAAAGGUCGUGGACGACCCCUACUACAUCCGACAGAUCAGCGACUCGGUUCCGUUGGUCCUGCGGGGUCAUACGCAGGAUGUGGAGUGCAUGUGUAGCGACGGCCCGACCCUGGUGAGCUCAUGUUUGUUGGGAGAUAUCCGAGUCUGGGACGCCAACUCUGGAGACUGUCUCACACACAUCAGCAGGAGAAUCACCCCCAGCAGUACCCGGCAGCCGUGUUACGGUGGAAAUGAACAGUACGACGCUUGGUCACCGCAACAGUCCCCACCAGACCUGCAGUACCACCACCUGACCCACAGGGGGCGCUGCCAGCGCAGUCUCUCAGACAGCCAGGACCAGAGACCGAAGAGGAGAAAAAGCGACCUCUUCACCAACCUGCCCAACCUCACCGGUAGCAUAGACACCAAUUUUGUCCAGCUAGAGAAAGAGCGGAAACGUGAAACCUUGAACGGGUUUCACCACGUCCAGGGAAGUCAGCCGCCAAGUCCGCCACAACCGCCGCCCGCUACGGAGUCCCGUCCGCAGCAAGUAGAGACGAAAAGUUCACCUCAGGACAUUCCCAGUUCCUCGCCUGGCUACGACUUCCGCAGCAGGUUUGACACGUACUACCACGAACACGCGUCGCUGUACAGAAGGACGAGUAAAGGAUGUUCCUCGCCGGACAUGCUCGUGCCGCCCUCGCCGGAACAGAUGCUCAACGCGUCGUCGUCAAGCGAACGGAGCCUCCUCAGUAGCGGCAGCGCGGCGGAACUGCGGCGGAUGUCGUCCACGGGAGAGCUGAGCCGCCAUGACAGUCUGGCGGGGCUGUACGACAGCGUGUUCGGGGAGAGCUACGGGACAGAGGAGGAGGGCGUGGCCACGCCCAUCUGGUGUCUGGGUUGCCAUGACAACCUGGUUGUUGCUGGGUGCAGUAAUGGCAGAAUAGAGGUGUGGGACGGCCUGACUGGGUCACUGAAGUGCUAUUACCAUGAGUUUGCAGAGGGAGUGACUGCUCUUUGUUUUGUCAAUAAUAGAAUUGUUGCAUCUCGACUCGACGGCAGCUUAGACUUCCUGAUCAUGGAAGCCCGAGGGGUGGUGUCAGCCUCCCCACCCUCUAUGGUGCCAGCUGGGCCUGUCAGAGGUCACAGAAGGAACCAAUCUUAUGACAGCUUCAUCGCCACAAGCUCCGACACGGUGUGCUGCGUGCGCCUGGCGCAGCGCGUUCCCCACGCACACCAGCAGCCAAUCAACGUGCUGCAGUGUUCGGCGGGGCGCGUGGUGACGGGCAGUCAGGACCACACCCUGAAGGUAUACCGACUGGAGGACGCCCUGUGUCUGUACACGCUACACGGUCACACGAACGGGGUCACCGCGCUACAUCUGGACAAGACUCCGCCUCUAGCCGCAGCCAGCGGUUCUCUGGACGGUGACGUCCGGUUGUGGGACAUGCUGACCGGCUCCUGCGUCCACCACCUGACCGGACAUGAGGCCGGAAUCCUGUCCCUGACCUGCACCGCCACCCACGUCCUCAGCUCCGGCCAGGAUGACCGCAUCUGUGUGUGGGACCGGUCAAGAGGAGCCCUGCUCUACUCUAUACAACAGGAUGUUGGCUGUAGCAGUACAAUAGGUGUUCUUAACAGCAGUCUACUUGUCAGUGGGGGGCAGGGUUGUCUGUAUCUGUGGAACAUCCUUCGUGGAGAGCACCUCAGAACAGUUCUCCUCGGAGACAACGACCAAUCACAGUUCGUACGCCAAGUCCAGGUCAUCUACGCAUCGUCCGUCAUCUGUAACUAUGGCAACCAACUACAAGUCGUACACUUUCCCUCUGUCCUGGAAAAGGCUGAAUGAACGGGAGAGUAGUUGCAAAGGUUUUGGACUACUUCAACUCCCAAAAUUCAAGACCAUCUAAAGAAUGUCUUGAACACCUGAAUAUCUUAAGUGUUCAUACCUUGGGGAUUACUUACGAUGCAUAAGUAGAUCUUUAAAUUUACUGUGUUUUGUUUGAAUUUGGUUUAAGAAACCUGAUGGAAUUACAAGGGUAGACUUAUCGUUGAAGAGGUUCAUCAGUCACAAGUCAUAUGAAUACAGUUACUACAAAGUUUCUUCCAACAGUGAGUUUUUUAAAGACAAGGUACAUACCUCCAAAUUUUCAAUGUCUGACUUAAGACAAGGGUAGACUUAACACUUACUUUUUCCAUGCAAUUGUAGAAGGGAAGUAACAGUAUGUGACAGAAACAAAU